CCUCGUGGCUGGCUCCGGCGGCGGCGGCGGCGGCGCGGCGGACGGGGAGGGCGUGCGCCGGCCGAGAGGUGUCGGCGGUGAGGGAAGGGAAGUUUCAAGUGGAAGGUCGUCCGCCGGCCGGCGCGUCCUCCCGCUCUCCUCCGGCAGCAUCAUGGCGGAGCCGAGCGGCUCGCCCGUGCACGUCCAGCAGCCCCAGCAGACAGCCCCGGUGACAGCAGCGGCGGCGGCCCCCGCGGCCGCGACAGCAGCGGCGGCCCCGGCAGCGCCCGCGGCGCCGGCUCCGGCCCCAGCCCCGGCGGCACAGGCCGUCGGCUGGCCCAUCUGCAGAGACGCGUACGAGCUGCAGGAGGUUAUCGAUGAAAGCAAGAAAAAGUUUAAAGAAACUCAGCCUGUCCUCUAUCCUCGCAUCAAGGUAAGCAAGAGCCUGGAUGGUCUGUGUGAAGGCAGUGGAGCUACUGCUGUGGUCCAGGCUGCCCUUUGCAAGCCCAGGCAAGAACGUGUAGCCAUAAAGCGGAUCAACUUGGAAAAAUGCCAGACCAGUAUGGAUGAGCUAUUAAAAGAAAUUCAAGCCAUGAGUCAGUGCAGCCAUCCCAAUGUAGUGACCUAUUACACCUCUUUUGUGGUAAAAGAUGAACUUUGGCUGGUCAUGAAAUUACUAAGUGGAGGUUCCAUGUUGGAUAUCAUAAAGUACAUUGUUAACCGAGGGGAACACAAGAAUGGAGUUCUGGAAGAGGCAAUAAUAGCAACAAUUCUUAAAGAGGUUUUGGAAGGCUUAGACUAUCUACACAGAAAUGGUCAGAUUCACAGGGAUUUGAAAGCUGGUAAUAUUCUUCUGGGUGAGGAUGGUUCCGUACAAAUAGCAGAUUUUGGGGUAAGUGCAUUCUUAGCAACAGGGGGUGAUGUUACCCGGAAUAAAGUAAGAAAAACAUUUGUUGGCACUCCGUGUUGGAUGGCCCCUGAAGUCAUGGAACAGGUGAGAGGCUAUGACUUCAAGGCUGACAUGUGGAGUUUUGGAAUAACUGCCAUUGAAUUGGCUACAGGAGCAGCGCCUUAUCACAAGUACCCUCCUAUGAAAGUGUUAAUGUUGACUUUGCAGAAUGAUCCACCCACUUUAGAAACAGGAGUAGAAGAUAAGGAAAUGAUGAAAAAGUACGGCAAGUCCUUUAGGAAAUUACUUUCCCUGUGUCUUCAGAAAGAUCCUUCUAAAAGGCCCACAGCAGCAGAACUUUUAAAAUGCAAAUUCUUCCAGAAAGCCAAGAACAGAGAGUACCUGAUUGAAAAGCUGCUUACAAGAACACCAGACAUAGCCCAAAGAGCCAAAAAGGUGAGAAGAGUUCCUGGGUCAAGCGGUCACCUUCAUAAAACCGAGGACGGUGACUGGGAGUGGAGUGACGACGAGAUGGACGAGAAAAGUGAAGAAGGGAAGGCCGCUUUUUCUCAAGAAAAGUCCCGAAGAGUAAAAGAAGAAAAUCCAGAGAUGGCGGUGAAUGCCAGCAGUAUACCCGAGCAAAUACGGUCCCUUUCUGUGCAGGAUCCUCAGGGGCUACCCAAUGCUAGCGAAGACUACAGAGAAGCUUCUUGUGCUGUGAACCUCGUUUUAAGAUUAAGAAACUCCAGAAAGGAACUUAAUGACAUACGAUUUGAGUUUACUCCAGGAAGAGAUACAGCAGAUGGCGUAUCUCAGGAGCUCUUCUCUGCUGGCUUGGUUGAUGGUCAUGAUGUAGUUAUAGUUAACUCUGCUGCCAUAGACGUUUCUAUGAAGAGGAGUGAUGCUAUUACCAAGUUUACAUCCUUGCCCUUCUCACAGCUGGCUAAUUGGCUGCUAAUUUACAGAAGAUUGUAGAUGAUCCCAAAGCUUUAAAAACACUGACAUUUAAGUUGGCUUCAGGCUGUGAUGGGUCGGAGAUUCCGGACGAAGUGAAGCUGAUCGGGUUUGCCCAGUUGAGUGUCAGCUGAUGUAUGUCCCUUGACAUCUCCCCCUGAUUUGUCAUGCCCCCACCUCACACCAUUUCCCUCGAUCUUCCUCCCCCACCCCUACUCCCUCCCCCUCACUCCCAAUUCCCACAAAAUCAGAAGAUUGUGAAGAGUCUGGCUUCAGUGACAUGGGAUAAAAAAGAAUUUUUUUAAACUUACAACACUCCGAGUUCUGCUUUAUUCUCUAGCAAUCCACAGUAUGAGAACAAGCAAAUGCCACAGCUGCACGACUGUUGCUAAUUUUUCCAAAAGCUAUUUAAUAUUCUUAGCAAUCAAUUCGGAUAUCCCUUAAGUGAAAAGAAUCUGAAAUACACUCAGGUGGUCCUAUUUAUUGGCAACAAAAGGAAUUUUUUCUAUCAGAAGCCUAUUUCUUCUUUCAUUGUUCUGUUCUACUUUAAUUGUACAUCUGACAAUACUGCCUCUUUUAUGUUGUAUUUAGAAAUUAAUAUACUUAUAAAAUUAAGAUUUAUUAGCCAAACUUGAAUUCUAGUUUUAAAACUGACUGUGAAUUUUAUUUUUCAUAUAUUUAUGCAUUACACACCUUAGCUAUAAGAAGAAAAGUUUUUGAUUAUAUGCUUCUUGCAGUUAAUCUCUUGUUAUUUAAACAAAAAAAAAUCAGGUCUAUCUUUGGAGUAUUUAUAACUUUUGAUUUUUGAAAUGACUGAAUUAGGAACUUAGAUGCUUAUUCUUUUGGUUUGUUUGCCUAAAAACCAAUCCACAAUCUGAUUGUCUCUUGGGAGAGGGAGGUGCCUUGCAAACUUUCAUAUUAAGAAUGUGCCUGAGGCUGCUUUACUCUGGAAUAGUCUCAGAUCUAAAACUUCCUCUACAUAAAGUGGCAUAUGUAAGUUUUGCUUCAUUGGAACAUAUAGAAUGCUAUAUAAAAUGUUGCCAUUCUAUUAGACUGCUAAUUAUGUACCCAUCUCUGAUUUGACUUCUCUGUGAUAGGAUUUGUUAUUCCAAAGGUGAUAAACUUGAAGAUACCAGAAUCUGAGUUUUACUUGAAAUUCUGCAGAAUACCCAGAUGGAGUGAAAAAUAGAAAGGGUUUUUGUGCAAUGACUAAAAAAAGGUAAAAUGCUGUUAAGUUUCGAGAAUAAAUACUUUCACCCAAGUAGCCCUCUGCUUGACUAUAUAUUAAGGAAUAGUAAACCUUAGGAUUUUCAAAAUUGGAGUCUAAACUUUCAGGGAGGUGGGCUCCCAGGAUGGUACCAUUGCUCUUUCCUAGCUAACCCUAGAUAUGGCAGCUCUUUAAUGUACUUUAAAAAGCAAAUAUAUAUUACUAAGGAAAGAAAAGUUAUUUAUAAUUGCCUUGUCAUAAUUGUUAAGGUGUUCUAGAGCCAUUUGCAUACAACUUAAUGUAAUUUCAUUCCAUUCUAUUGUUUACACAACAAUUACUCAAAGAUGACUGCAAAGGUAAAAGGAAAAUAAAAGUGUAUUGCACAAAGA